AUGCCCCCUGACAUGUUUAAUGAGUGGGUGCAACUUCAUAUCUUCUAUGAAGGGCUGAAUUGUGAAUCCAAGAAGGCUAUAGACCACUCAUUUGGAGGCUCACUCAACAAGAAAAAGACCAUUGAGGAAGCCAUUGAUGUGAUAGAGACAGUGGCUAACAAUGAGUAUUUUUAUGCCUCAGAUAGGAGUAACAACAGGAAAGUAUUGGAAUUGAACCAAAUGGAUGCAAUCUUGGCCCAGAACAAGAUGAUCACCAAGCAACUUACUGAAUUGACCAAGCAAAUAGAGAAGAAUCAGGCUGCAGCCAUCCACACUCAACCCUCACCUCAAGAAGAAUUGGAAACUGAAGAAGGAGUUAACUGGGAGGAAGCUAAUUACCUUGGAAACCCAUCCAGUUAUAGUUCUAAUGGUGCCACCAAGACAGCUUCAGGAGAGGAAUGCAAGGCUAUUACCCUCAGAAGUGGAAAGGAAUUGGAAGAGAAGUCAAGGAAUACAAAGGAGAAGGAAGCAGAGGAUAGUUCAACUGACAAGGAAGAAGCACAAACACCUACUCCCAGUUCAUCAGCAGAAAAGGAAGUUCUAAAGCCAUAUGUCCCAAAGGCUCCUUACCGUCAACGCCUAAUGAAGCAUGCAAAGGACAGCCAAUUCUCCAAAUUCUUGGAAAUCUUCAAGAAGCUUCAAAUCAACAUUCCCUUUGCUGAAGACCCAGGAAGCUUCCAAAUUCCCUGCAUCAUAGGGGAAAUAACAGUUGCAAAAGCCUUGUGUGACUUGGGAGCUAGUAUAAACUUGAUGUCCCUGACUAUGAUGAAAAGGAUGAAGAUUGAGGAAGCCAAACCAACAAGAAUGGCCCUCCAACUGGCAGAUCGGUCAUUUAAAUUCCCUCAUGGCAUAGUAGAAGACCUGGUCGUGAAAGUAGGAGAAUUCAUCUUCCCUGCUGACUUUGUGGUGUUGGAUAUGGAGGAAGAAGCUAAAGCCUCAAUCAUCUUGGGGAGGCCAUUUUUAGCUAUUGCUGGGGCAAUCAUUGACGUCCAAAAGGGUGAACUUACCCUUAGACUACAUGAUGAGAAAAUGGUAUUCAAUGUAUUCAAAGCUAUGAGCUAUCCACUAGAGGCAAUGAGAGAGUGUAUGAGGCUAGAUACAGUGGAAACUGUGGUGCAAGAGACAUUUGAAGAAGAACUGGAAGAGCUGACCGAGAGUGAUUGA